GUCCCCAGCAGGAGCGUGUUUGCCGGUGGGUCCAGGCGGGUCUCCUGCUCUGGGUUAUGGCCAGGCCCCGACAGGGGUUCUCACGGGCAACCCGUACGCGUCAGCGGGAACCUACGGCCUGUCGUCGAGUGCCACCGCGGACCAAGGCGACGGCGCCGUGUCCUCCAGUGCCGCCACGACCGUGGCGUCCGCGUCAGUUAGCUCGAGGCUGGCGGCGGCCGCCGCCGCCGCAGUCGCCUCCGCUACCAAUGAUCUCGCUUGCCAGCCGCACGAUGCCUACUUUACCGGGUUAAACGGCAGCAGCUCUCCGCAUCACGGUUCUGGUCAUUUCCUGCUUCCGCUUCCGGGAGGUUCGAGUGGAGCAUUCAAGCACGAAGAUUUGUAUUACCCGGUUCCUGUGUCCACUUCCACGUCUGCUGUUCCUCCAGGAUCGUCGCUCGUAGUCUCCUCGUCAUUGGCUGGUCAUCAUGCCGACAGUGGAUUUUUGACGUCCAUUUUAGACGAGGAUUUCCGACACAUGAGUAUGGCGAAUAGCUCGAGCAUUCCUCAAUUAGGUAGUGGCGGUGAUAGCAUGGUCGUCGGCAGCAGCGGGCCGACGGGGCGGUCCUCGUCGGCGGUCGUUUCUGAUCGACGAGACGGCGCCGGCGGUCGGGACGCCGUCUCCAACGGCGCCAGAAGUCCCGAGUGGACCGGACUCGCCCCACAUCCGUCCCUCAUGAUCCCUACUGGACCAUAUGCUCACGAUGUUUCCAGAUCGGGAACAGCGGAUAGCGUCGAUCGGAGCAGCGGCAGAUCGAGAGGCGACCGAUCGCCGCCUUCAAUCCCGGUGUCGGCCAGUGGCGCCGUUCCGAACGUUCCGCCCCAAAAGAAGCACCAAUUUUACGGUCGGAGAACAGGGAAUUUUCAAGACAGCCAAGGGCCUGGUGACGGUGACGACGGUCGAGAUGGGAUGAUGAGCCCCACGUCGGCGUCGACGGCCACCAAAACCAGCUAUUUGACCGAUUCAUCCACUGGCUGGAUCCUGUCUUCUUCAUCGCAACCCAACGCGGGUUCCUCGGCCACAGCUGGCAACCUGAGUCCACAGGUGCCAGUACCACUCCAUGGUUCCGCUGCCGCGUACCAAAGCUCGCCGUAUGUGAUUGACACCACCCCGAACUUGGGACUGGGUGCCAGUGCGGCCACGUUCGGUGCCGCGACUGGCAACUGGCACCAACAACUCCAGUCCACACACCAUCAGGGAUUCUCCUUCGACCCCGUGAAAUACCAGUGUUCUUACGACUACUCGGGCGCUAUGCGGCAUCCCUCAUUGGAUGCGCAAGUCGGGAUCAACAACGUUCAGCACACUCACAGUUACUCAGCAGCUUUCGGAGAGCCAUCGGGGUUGAUCAGAUCACACCAGGUUCCGCUUCCAAUUUCAUCAUCAUCAUCCACUGGCAGCAGAAGAGGUUCCAAGGGAUAUUCGAAGGAGGACAGUCAAGCGUGCAGAGAUGAGAAACGAGCUUCGCAGCUAGGAAUUCCCAUUCCAGUGCAAGAAAUAAUUAACUUGCCAAUGGAUGAAUUCAACGAACGGCUAUCAAAACAUGAUCUGACUGAAGCUCAACUAUCUCUUAUUCGGGACAUCCGGCGUCGCGGGAAAAACAAGGUUGCUGCUCAAAAUUGUAGAAAGCGCAAAUUGGAUCAAAUUGUGUCCCUGUCUGAAACUGUGACUCAGCUGAGAACGAAGAGAGAACGACAUGAUCAGGAGCUGCUUUCACUUCGUCAGCGACGAAGUCAGCUUACAAGUCGAUACUCAGCCCUUUAUCGACACAUAUCGCAGCAACUCCGAGAUAAUGACGGGAAACUAUUGAGUCCUUACGAAUACGGCUUGGAGCACACUGGAGAGGACGGGAAAGUAGUGGUGGUUCCGCUGAGCAGCUCAACGUCAGUGCAGUUAGGGAAAGAUGAGAAUGGACAUCCUGUUGGUUCUCAUGAAGCCUUGCACCACCAGCAAGCCUAUGAACAGACAUAUGUCAUGGUUCCUGGUGGUUACCACUCCGACCUCGUGAUGUCCUACGGGGCACCAGAUUCGUAUUGCAAGCGUGAAGAUGAUUUGAGCGGUCCGCAUGGAUGACGGCGUGUCUAAUGUGUUUCCGAAUUCCAUCACGGGGCUUGUUAAGUUAUUGUUUUUUUUAUUGUCUUUCUGUCGUUCUAUUUUCAUGUUCCCGAACCUCGUAUUUCACUACUCGCAAAUAUUUGCAUCAAAACUUUGCCAAAGUUGGGUCCAGAAAUAGUCAGCGUCGAGUACAGUUUUUCUGCGCGUAAAUUUCAACUGCUCGAGUCCUGUGCCUCCUGUGAAUCAAGUGAGGGCAAUGAAGUGUUUUCACGAAGUGCUCAAAUCGAUGGUGGUCUGGGAAUCACUCAUCUUAUUUCAAAUUGGUGCCGUCAGCAAAUCCAGUUGUUCCAUUCCCAGUGUGGUGGAGUUGACUCGGCGUCAGAUCCGUGAAAUCCUUUACAGUGAUAAAUGGCACCUGCUGCAGACUUUUGCAGAAGGUACGCAAGCUUUUUUUUUUUCAUCGGAUCAAGCGGGUAUGAAAAUGUGUCUUUAUUUUCUUUUUGUUGCUCAGCGAAGCAUUAUGGAUCUAUUUUGGUUGAAUUUGCAAUCAAAGAAUGUGUUGGUCAGCAGCGUGCUCAAAGCUCUCCGAUGUUUCUAAACUCGAAUAUGGUCCAUGAUACGCGUGAUAGCUGCUCUGUCUGCUUCUCUGUUUAAGCAGAUUUGAUUGAAUUACCUCUGCAAAAGAAGAAACGUAAUUCCGGACUAAGAGAAGAUUUAAAUCAAGGUUAUGGUUGUGUAGUUUUUGCUAACGGUGUACAGCCAGAUCUGUGAUUUUCGCUCAGACUUCUUGAAGAAAAUGGCUUGGGAAGCAAGUGCAGAACCUAUGGUACUCUCUCGAGACUCGCGUGAAGCGAAUAUUUUGACAAAUUUUGACCGCCAUGAUUUCAGCACAAACAGCAUUGACCCCAAUUCAGUUGCUGAAUUGAUGUGUACGGAUUCAAUCGUCUUAUUUUGGUGACAAGAAUGUUAUUGUGAGACACGCGGCGAAAAACCCACUCAUUGGAUUCUGGGACAGAUCACAAAAGUUUUGUUUUUGAAGAAAAUGUUUACUCUCAAAUAUAUGUCUCGAAGUUUGUGGAAGA